GGCUAGUGGGCUAGCUGCCACCUACUCGGGUUAACUACCGGCAAGUUAGCCCAAUUGUGACUGUCUCAAAAACGACAAGCAUUUGGAGUUGUUGUUUUUUGCAUGUACGUCCCAUAAUAUUAACACGUCGACACUUUGAUGUGUAUGUAAAGUAAAGGUGCUCCAGAGGGCUCCACAAAGCCAGCCUGAAGAUGGAGAGAGGAAGACCAAAUCUCCUGGAGGAUGGCUUAGGCAGAGACUUGAUGGACGCUGGAAGGUUUUGCUUCAGCUGUGAGCAGAUAUUUGCCAAUCGGAAAUGCCUUGAGGAGCACUAUUGUUCGGCUGCAAGUCACAUCUGCUCCUGUGGAACAGAGUUUGUUGAAUACGCAGACAUGCUGGAUCACAGCACUACACAUGAACCAGGACACCAAGUGCUUGAUCACGGAACAAUAAAGAAGCGCAGAAUUGAGAAGCGCAUAGAAGAGGAGGAGCAGCUGAAACGACUGCAGACCGGUGAGGUUGUCUGGAAGACGCCAUCAACGUAUUUGCCGGGGAAGCCUAUGCUGCCAAAUAAAUCAGCUUGUAUGCCACAAGUUCCCAUGCAGUCUACACAGCUUUCACAAGUGCCUCAAUUGCAGCACUCUGUGUCACAAGCAUCUUUGCCCCCCAAUCCCCAUGAAAAAGAUAUGCAGAACAUUUUUGCGGGUGUAGGUGCCCCCACAGUAGAUCUUUGGACACUUUACCAGCCUGUUGUGUUGGUUCAAACAGUGCGCAAUUUUAACAAGACAAAGCCUUACACAUGCGCUAAAUGUGGGCAGUGUUUUAUUACACGGUCUUCUCUCAUCUCCCACCACAGCUCUCAUGUCACAGAUAAAGUUGCUGGCUGUAUAGGAUGUGGACUGCUGCUCUCCAGCAAGAAGUUAGUGCCUCGCUUCCAUGUUUGUAAAGCACCCAACACCCUAACUAGCAAAUUCAGAAUCAUCACUGCGAGACCGCUGAAUAUGAAGAUGCCAAAUGUAGCCGGAACAGACAAGAGUCCAAGUGUUUCGGGGCCUUGGGCCGCUUCCUAUCUGCAUUUGAAAAGCCAGAAUCCCAGUGCAGCCAGUAAAGGCAGUCGAUCACCUCUUAUGACUUCCACCCUGCAGUUGGAAAACCAGAAAAUCGGUACAUUCCACAAAAGCAAGCAAGGGCUUCAUACCUCUCCGUUCAUGCAGGUGAAGAGUCCGAAUCCCAAUGCAUCCAAGCCUUAUAUCACUGCCCCCCUUCCAUCGAUGGGUCGGAGUCCAAAUCCCAGUGCGUCCAUUAAAGGCAGUCCCAGGCUCGCUGUCACUCCCUCUGUGCAGAUGAAGAAGCCCACACAAUCUGCAUCAGGUUUACCAAUGCAGACAUCCUCAGCAUCAAAUGGGUUCGCAUGUCGAGUCUGUCAUCUUCCUUUUGAAACUGCUCAGCUGUUACAGAGGCACAAAUGUGCCAAAGCACAUGAAUUUAUGGCAAAGCAUGUACGAGGUGGCAAAGGGCAUUGCAGACUAAAGAGGGUGACACCAGUGACAAGUCCCAAUCCUGUGCAGAUGAAUGGUGAGAGAAAACUGGGGGUUCCAGUUUCUGGUAACAUCAAGAAAAACCAAGUCAUGGCUGUUGGUCUGGACAAAGGGCAAGGGACAGUUCCUCUGAAUGGAAAAACAGGGGUGAAUAUGGACGAUGAUUGUUACAUAGUGGAAAGUGGACCAGACAAACCUGCUGAGAUGAUAUACCAAGUAACCUCUUCGGUCCCUAUUAAGACUUGACACAAGUAUAGGGGCAAAUCUAAUUUGCAUGUCACAUUUUAUGUUAAUUAUGGACCAAGAGCAUAAAGUCAGUCCUGUUUGAAGAGCAUCAACUUGUUUAGCUACAUUGUACAGGAACACAAUGCUUUCAGGCUUUGUCCAAACUGUUGAAGAUAAAGUAGUGUAGGCUUGCUAGUGACAACAAACGUGCAUCUUAAUAAAGCUGGAUUUCUUUAGUCAGUACUGUAACAGUCCAAAAUUGGUUCCCCUGCAAUUGUUAUAGAAAAUGUAAAUCGAUGAAGUUAAUUAUCAAACUCUAUGUGCUUGAUUUACCCAUGUUUGGUGGGAUAUCCAGGUUCUGUCCUUUUUUUUUUUUUUUUAAAUAUGUUUUAGUAUGCUGAUAAAUAAUGUGUUGUGAGGCUGUGGGAAUUGACCACAAUACCUUGUGUUCUUACCAGCUUUGUCAGACUUCUCAAAUGCAGUAUAUGGUGUAUUAAACUAUAUUUUCAAUUUUCA